AUGCCUCGCGACCCAACGCAGCUUAUGGCCUUCAAAUGGCCCAUGGCGCUGUACAAUGAACUGCGCAAGUGGUUCCCCCUCUUCAACCUCUUCUCGUUCUUCUGCGCUUUCAUCAUCGAUGCGCCGUUUGGACGUUUCGCGCCCUCAGCGUCUGACCCCUCGACGCACUCGAUCUUCCCGCUCUUCAAUAUGCAGGCGCUGCAGGUGGAUGGGAUUCGGUCAUGGAUCUUCAUGGAGCUCAUCUCGCCGUUUACGUUCAUUUACGCAUUCCUCAUCUCGCCGCUCACUUUCUACACACCCGACAUGCCGUCCCUGACCAGCCCCAUCACAUUGGCCUGCACGCUGUUUAUGAUCCAUUACGCCAACAGGGCUCUGAUUAGCCCGCUCAGGACGCCUUCGAGAUCCAAAUCCCACCUCGUAGUCGUGCUGCUCGCUGCUGGCUUCAACCUCGCCAACGGCUACCUCCUCGGAUCGUAUUUCUCCUCUCCAAUGGCGAGGAUCUACAUCGGAGGAUCCUACGCCUACAUGCGUCCAUCCUUCUGGAUUGGAAUGACCCUAUGGCUCGUAGGGUUCAUUGGCAAUAUCGCCCACGACGAAAUCCUGCUCGACAUUCGUAGGAAGGCGAAGGCACGCAAGGAGAAGGAUGGGGAGGAACGAGAGGACGCCAAGAAGAAAGGAAAGGAGCCCAAGAAACCAGCAGAGAAGGGUGAAUACUACGGCAUCCCCCAAGGCCUUCUCUACGACUACAUCUCCUUCCCCAACUACUUUUGCGAAUGGAUCGAGUGGUUCGGGUUCGCGCUCGCGACUUCGCCUCCGCCUGUCGAGCUUUCAUUCGCUUCUCCCGCCGACUUCAUCCAAUCCCUCCUCCACAACGCGAUUAUCCCUCUUUGCUCGCCUAAAGCCUGGUCAAAGAUGAUCAAGGGCAACGCCUACGGGUUCGCUCCCCUCCUAACACCACCCUGGAUUUUCUUCUUUGGAGAAAUCCUCGUCAUGCUCCCGAGAGCGUAUAGAGGCCACAAGUGGUACAAGAAGCGCUUUGGGGAGAGUUACCCCAAGAACAGGAAGGCGGUUAUCCCUUUCGUUUUGUAAUCGCCUGGACUGUGUAAUGUGUGUAUUGCUAUUGCUUUCUCUCGCUACUUUUUUUCGCUCCUUUACCCUUACAUAGGUUAGCUCUUCGUUCAUUCCCUUUUCCAACGCUUCCCCGUUCUUAAUGGACGAUAAGUGAAAUCUAAUCUGGUUUUCAGUUAC